CACUUACUCGGUGAAGAUGCGACCGAACUGCAAUGUGUGUACCGGUCAUCCGAAUAAGACGCAGAACUGGCAGCGUUCCUACUUCUUCCUUAAGUCCGACAGCUCGGCCUUCGAGGAGCCUCCCCAAGAUGAUUAUCGAGUUCUUAGGAACCGUUCUUGCGGUAGAAUAUCCUGUCGCGAACCGUAAGCGAUUUGUCGAUUCUAACCAUGCAUUUUUUUUUUGCUUUGUAUGCAGUCGGCCAUCCUACCUCUCCAGUUUAUCCCGAAGAUUUCUUGAGGAGUGUUCGUGCUGUCGCUUUGCUUCGAAUCUAUCGUUGGUCCGAGAUCUCCGUUGAGAAGAUCCGUGAGCUUAAAGAUCGAAUCGCUCGAAGAGAGUGGAGAUCCGAUCUUCCGACCGUUCUUCCUAUUCGCACUAAGCGACUAGACAUCUUCCCGAGAGACAUCCAGAAACAAGUUUCCGAGGCAAAGAGGAUGGGUACUCUUCCUGAUUUGAGCGCGAUAAUAGCGGCCCAGCUGAGGCUGACUAGCGGGGAAGGACCCUCGAUGACGAUUCCUCGUGCUGGCGAGGUUUUCCCUUCCGGUGCCAGAAGUGCGGGGAAGGGCAAGAAAAGGAAAAGAGGCGACGGCUCGGGAGUCGAGAGGAGUACUGAGGAGACGAGUGACGUCCCUCCUUCUGGUGAACCCCAUAAGAAGAAAAAGAAGAGAAGGACAAAGAAGAAGUCCGCCGGCGAGCAGUCGGAGAAUGCUGACGAGCCGAUCGAGCAAGAAGAGGAGGAUGCUCGAGAAGAAGAACUUCAGCCCGAAGAGGGGGCUUCUGAGGCUGAAGUCUCGGAGGGACGGAAUGACGAGGAGGGAGUAAGUGAAGGAGAGGAACGUGAGACUUCUCUUAAUGCCGCCCGCUCGGGUGGUUCUAAGGAAGAUAGCGAAGGGUCGCCACUCCUGAUAAGGAGGGGAAAUGACGAAGACGAGGAUGAGAGGCGAUCUCCUGUUCUGACGUUUCCUUGCGAGCUAUCCUAA